AUGAAGUUGGAUGUGAGUAAUAUGAGAUUUAUAAGUAAAGAUGAAUGGCGAAUAUUGACUGCAGUAGAGAUGGGUAUGAGAAACCACGAGUAUGUAUCUCCACAAUUAAUAGAAUCCAUUAGUAAUUUAAGAAGAACAGGUAGUUAUCAAUUAUUACAGAAUUUAUUAAGAAAUAAGUUAGUAUCUAGGGAAAGUAAGAUAUAUGAGGGAUAUAAGUUAUCAUAUUUGGGAUAUGAUUUCUUGGCUUUAAGAGCACUGAACAAAAGAGGAAUUAUAUCAUCAGUAGGAGCAAGAAUAGGAGUUGGUAAGGAGAGUGAUAUACAUAUAGCAGCUAAUGAAAAAGGAAGGUUGGUAUGUUUAAAAUUGCAUAGAUUAGGGAGAAUAUCUUUUCGAAAUGUAAAGAAUACAAGAGAUUAUUUGAGGAAUAGAAAAGCAUCAUCUUGGUUAUACUUAUCAAGAUUAGCAGCUUUGAAGGAGUAUAGUUGUUUAAAAGCAUUAUAUGAAAAUGGAUUUAAUGAGGGUGAAAUUAAAGUUCCUGAACCAAUUGAUUGGAACCGUCACGCCAUAGUAAUGGAGUUAAUAGAUGCUGUACCACUCAAUUCUGUCAAACAGUUGGAAGAUCCCUAUGGAGCAUUGGAAAGACUAAUGAAGAUGAUUAUACGAUUAGCAGAUUGUGGAUUAAUACAUGGAGAUUUUAAUGAGUUUAAUUUAUUAAUAGAUUCCAAAGAAAACAUAACAUUGAUUGAUUUUCCUCAAAUAGUUAAUACAGACCAUAUUAAUGCUGAGAUGUAUUUUAAAAGGGAUGUUAAUUGUGUGAUUGAGCUUUUUAGAAAGAGAUUUGGCAUUCAGGUAACAGAGUAUCCAAAGUUUGAAGAUGUAAUUGUAUUUAAUAGCGAUAAUGUUCACAGCUCAAAUAGGAUCAUCAAUAUUAGUAAGAUAGAUAGGGAUAUGAAUAGGCUUGAUUACCUGAACACUAUAAUCUCUCAAAAGGCUGAGCAGGAUAACUCAGAAGGACAGGAAUUACAGGAGGAUGGAUCAACUCAAGAAGAAGAGGAGCAGGAGGAUGAGGAGCAAGAAGAAGAAGAAGAAGAAGAAGAAGAAAGUCAUGAUGAUGAUGAUGAUGAAGAUGAUCAUGAUCAUGAUCAUGAUAACGAUGAUAAUUAUGAUGAUGAUGAUUAUAAUACUGAUGAUGAUGGCGAAAAGCAAGAAUACGAUGAAUUCAAAGCGAGGAUGAUUAACGAAAGAAUGAAUAAUUUGUGGCUACCUAAGAAAAAGAAGACACAACUGAACCAGGACAAAAUAAGGAGAUAUUUGGUGAGUCAAUAUGACAAACACCACAAUUCUAAAGGAAAUUCUGGCUCAAAAAAGAGCAGAGAGUAUAGAAAAACAAAGGCAAUGAUAGAUAGUAUAAAGAAUGACUAUUAG